CAUACCGAGCAUCGCGAUCUGCCUGCGUCAAGAGCACGAUCUGCCUGCGUCAAGAGCACGAUCUGCCUGCGUCAGGAGCACGAUCUGCCUGCGUCGAGAGCACGAUGCACCGGCACAUACCCGCUGCCGUGUCUGUUCGCCGCUCGCUCGCUUCUGCUGCCUCUCCCGGUGUCGCCACUCCCUUCCACAAGCGAUCCUUCUUUCGUCGGCCGCGCCUGCCAUCCCGUCCCUGGAUCGCCCCGCAGCCUUCAGUCGAAGCCUGGCACGGCCACAGCCGAAUCGAUCCCUUUCCGCAGCUCCUGAAUUUGGAUCGCAAGGAUGCCCGCGCAUAUCUGCAGCAGGAAAUGCUUUGGGCUGAAGCCGAGCUCGCAAAAUGCCACCGGCCGUCGAUCGCCAGGCAACUCCAACGCAUGUCCGAGUCUCUGAGGCAUCCUAAGCCCGCAACGCCGCUUCGGCUGGGACAAUUCGAAUAUCGCUACGCCCACCGGCCGGGCGUCACUCGGCUGAUUCGCACCGAUCUCGUCACCGGCACUGAGCGCACCAUCUUUGACUCUACCGUCGAUGUCGGGCGCGGCCCUCUCGGAUCGAAAGCAUGGUCGCUCCAGAAGCUCCUCGUUUCCCUGGACCACCGCCACGUUGCUUUUCUGGUUAUUGUCGAAGGCAGCGAAGACGGGACACUCUUCGUUCACGAGGCAGACCAGCGAUCCGUCGUCAAGACCAUUUCGAACGUGUUCAACUUCGUCUGGGGAGGCGAUCGGCUCUUCUACACACGGCUGGAUUCGUCGCUGCGCUCAUCCCAGGUCUAUGCAGCAUACACCGACAACCGAGCCGAUAUCCAGAUCUACCACGAGACCGACCCUUCCGUAUUCUUGGAUGUCGGCGUUACCAAGGACAAUACCCAUCUGGCCUUGACAAGCGGCACGUCUGACGCAUCUGAGGUGCGGAUGGCCGAUCUCUCCGCUCCGGAUAUCACAUGGACCCUGAUCAGAAACCGUCAGCCCGGCGUCCGAUACUUUGUCGAUCACCACCAGGGGCAGUUCUAUGUUCUUCACAACAUCGCAAGUUCAACGUUUCGGCUCGCCUGUCUUCCAGCUCGGUCCGCAUCGCCACACCCACCCCAGCCACAAACAUGGACAAGUGUCGUCGAUCUCGGUCCGGACUCGGACAUCGAGGAAAUCGAGAUAUUCUCCGAGUAUCUGGCUCUCUUUGUGAAGGGGGAUCGCCCAAACUGCAACAAGAUCGUGUACUUCAAGAUGCCAAGCAACAUCUCCGGUUCUUCUGCAGCGAAACUUGAACUCGCUGGGGAAGUUUCUCUUCCCGAGCUCCCGGCCUUUCGAUUGAGCUCCGAUGUCAACGCUAAUAUCGACGAACACAGAUUACGAUUCCUCCUUUCAUCGCCACUGGUCCCGGAAUCGAGCUACUGCUACGAUAUGAAGAGCCACACAAUCAUUUCAGCGAGCCCUCGCACAGUUCCAGGCUUCAGUUCAAGUGACUACACAGCCACAGUGCUGAGUGUACCGAGUGGUGGAGUCGAUGUGCCUGUCACUCUGUUGCAUCACAAGUCGGUGCGUUGGGAAGGCAGCCACCCAACAAUCAUGUACUUUUAUGGAGCAUAUGGCGUCUCCUUGGAGUACCGGUUUCUACUCGACUUUAUUCCACUGCUCUCUCGUGGAUAUAUCAUUGCCUUUGCCCAUAUUCGUGGGGGUGGCGAACUCGGUACGACAUGGCACGAAGACGGACGACUCUAUCGAAAAUCCAACUCGGUGUGCGAUGUUAUUGCAGUCGCCGAUCAUCUCAUCAAACAUCAGCAUACCCACCCCGACAGACUAGGCGCCAUCAGCACCAGCGCUGGUUGUCUGUCCUUGGGAGCAGCGAUAAAUCGCCGACCAGAUCUCUUCAAGGCAGUGGUGAUGCGAGUUCCUUUCCUUGAUCCCCUCACCGCCAUGCUGGAUGAAGCCAGCCCCCUCACCCAGGUGGAGCAGGGUGAAUGGGGUGAUCCGAUCCGCGACCCCGCCGCAUAUCGGUCGAUACUCUCGUACUCUCCGUACGACACCAUCCCUGCCAAUGCCAAUCGGACCGAGCGCAGCCCAACCUCGAUUCUUAUCACUGCAUGCACAGACGACCAACGAGUUUCCUUCAGCGGGAUCCUGCGAUAUGCCGCCCGACUGAGAGAGUUGGACCGCAACUCGUCGGCCCAGCGCCGGUUGAUUGUCCAGAUAAGCGAGACGGGCGGCCAUGUCUCAGCAUCAAGCAACAUCAGCCAGAUCGCUCGCGAAGUGUCGUUCUUGGAUCACGAGCUCGGACAGCAGUAAAAGGAUGCGACCGCCGUUAUCCUUCUGGAUGCUCUCGCUCCGCUUCACCCUAUCCUCAGGGACAGACUUCCUCGAGCAAACAGCUCCAAGCAACUCUGGAUAUCAUGGGCCUAUUUUUGGUGGUUGUCUUUGAUGAGCACAUUUAAUCGCUGGACAAAGUCAUUCGAUGCACCACGCACCUGCUCGCCCUGGAUCUCCAACAUCUACAGCUCAACAACGCCGAUGCGAGCGCCGCAGCAUGUCAAUCAUCUGCUUGCGCUACCACUGU